CGCUCGCCUGUGUGGAAGUGCCGUUACGGAACUCCGGGACAAACGAAAAAACAGUAAAACAGUCGCGUCGCACACACAAACACACGCACACAUACUGGCACAAUGUAUAUAAUUAUAUAUAUAUACUAAUACAUGAUUUGCACAAAAAUACGUAUACGACACGUAGCCAACGGGUGAAUAACGCGUUCCAACGGUGUGAAUUCAAAUCCAAUAACGGCAAAGAAAAUCCCAUAUUCCAGCCCACUCCCGGUGCCCCACGGUGCUUCCCGUUUGCUGAGCCCGAGUUGCGGUGACUCUGCCGGCUUAUGCAAAUUUUGUGAAAACCAUUCGUAGAACCAAGUCAAGUGCAAAGAAACUAAAAACAAAGAAACUCUUAACCAAAUCAACAAAAGCGAAAGCUCAAUCGAUUCCCGACGCGGCGCAAAGUUCAAAAGUUCAGAAAAUAAAGUAAAAAUGGCUUGGGGCUAUUGGUCCGCCACGACAGUGGAUCGCGGGCGGUCGCCGCGCCGACUGACCCAGUGUGCCCCCCUGCCGGUCAACAUCGUGCAGCAGGAGGAGGAGGAGGAGCAGCCGUGCCUGCCCCAACAGCAGCAGCAACAAUCCCAGCAGCAACAGCAACAACAGUCGCAAACCUGCCCCAGUACUCCGUCGGCCAACCAGCAGGGCAGCGGCAAUCUCUGCUACAGCCCCACCUGUCGGUCGCGUUGCUCGAGUCCGUGUCCAGGAUCGCCGUGUGGCUCCAUAACGCCGCCGCCCCCGCCGCUGCUUACGUCGUCGCAGCAGCACCUGCACUCGAACAAGAACUGCCCAGCCGCCCAGCAGCUAAUGACUCACCUGGACUACGCGGCCCGGAGACAAUCCCUGGAUCAACUGGACAGUCCACAGUCCAAGUACUUCGAUAUACAGGCCAACCAGCUGUCGGACAUCAUGUGCCGCGGAGCGGUGGUCAGCUCCAUCCAAUCGGCCAACAACACCCUCACCAGAGGCGUCUCCCUGCACAGCCGGAGUGGCAGCGCCCACGGCAGCCACCAUGGAAGCCAUCACAGCCACAGCCACCACGGCAGUGCCCAUGGAUCGCUGGGCUGCCUGCAGGGCGGAGUGGGCGUGGCCACGGGCAGUACAGGCAGCAUCGGGAUGAUGUCCGCCGGUCACAUCGAUACCGGGGACUACGAUGUCCCGCAUCCGCAUCCGUACACGCACCACUACAUGCAGACCACGGCCUCGGUGACGCCGCCCCACUCGACCCUGAGUCGGCCGGGGUCGGCGGGGGCCGUGUGCCAGGGCCACGACUCCGGAUCGGAUUCCAGCCAGGGAUGCGGCGGAUCGAUUAUGGGAGGCAUGCUCGUGAUGGGCCAUCCGGGGCAUAUGGGCAGCCUGGGCCACCACAGCGCCGGGAGCGGCUCGCUGGGCAGGUGCUCGAGUCGGUGCCACAACACCAAUACCACAACGACUGAUGACUCCGGCGGCGGCAGCAGCGGAGGCGGCGGCGGCGGUGGAGGAAUGGGAACGGUGGGCGGUGGCAGUGCCUCCAUGUCGGUGGGCAUGCCGGGCAUGCUGAUGGACUACCACCACAGCCAUCACAGCGGCAGUGCCGGGAGUGGCCUCAACGGAUGCGGCGGAGGUGGAAGCAUUGCCGGCGGCAGCAUUGGUGGCCGGAGCAGUGUCCUGGGCACCAUCCACAAUGGACACGGCCAUCAUCAUCAGCAGUACCAUCACGAGUGCAUCCACUAUGAACGACUGCCCAUUCCCGUGCCCAUACCCACGGUGCCAAUGGGCGUGGCACCGCCCCCGCAGCAACAGCAGCAGAUGUCGCAGCACCAGCUGCAGUCGGAGGAGGAAAUAGAGCCGGCCUAUGCGACAGUAUUCCCCAAUGUUCCUCAGGCGCCGGGAUUGUCCUGCGAUGGCGAAGAUCGCAGCAUCUAUCGGCGCGGUGCUCGACGCUGGCGCAAGCUAUACCGCGUCAAUGGACACAUCUUCCAGGCCAAGCGUUUCAAUCGACGUGCUUUCUGUGCCUACUGCCAGGAUCGGAUCUGGGGCCUGGGCCGUCAGGGUUUCAAGUGCAUCCAAUGCAAGCUGCUGGUGCACAAGAAGUGCCAUAAGCUGGUGCAGAAACACUGCACGGAUCAGCCGGAGCCGCUGGUCAAGGAGCGCGCCGAGGAGUCAAGCGAUCCGAUGCCAGUGCCCCUGCCCCCGUUGCCGUACGAGGCGAUGGGCGGCGGAGCCGAUGCCUGCGAGACGCACGAUCAUGCGCACAUUGUGGCGCCACCGCCGCCAGAAGAUCCGCUCGAGCCGGGCACCCAGCGCCAGUACUCUCUGAACGACUUCGAGCUCAUACGGGUGAUCGGACGCGGCAGCUAUGCCAAGGUGCUGAUGGUGGAGCUGCGACGCACUCGUCGCAUCUACGCCAUGAAGGUAAUCAAGAAGGCCCUCGUCACCGACGACGAGGACAUCGACUGGGUGCAGACGGAGAAGCAUGUGUUCGAGACGGCCUCGAACCAUCCGUUCCUGGUGGGACUGCACUCGUGCUUCCAGACGCCGUCGCGUCUCUUCUUCGUCAUCGAGUUUGUGCGCGGUGGCGACUUGAUGUACCACAUGCAACGGCAGCGAAGGCUGCCCGAGGAGCACGCCCGCUUCUAUGCGGCGGAGAUCAGUCUGGCGCUCAACUUCCUCCACGAGAAGGGCAUCAUCUAUCGAGAUCUGAAGCUGGACAAUGUUUUGCUCGACCACGAGGGUCACAUCAAGCUAACGGAUUACGGAAUGUGCAAGGAGGGCAUCCGAUCCGGGGACACAACGUCCACCUUCUGUGGCACACCCAACUACAUUGCCCCGGAGAUUCUGAGGGGCGAGGACUAUGGCUUCUCCGUGGACUGGUGGGCUCUGGGAGUCCUGCUCUACGAGAUGUUGGCCGGUCGCAGUCCCUUCGACUUGGCCGGAGCCUCUGAGAAUCCAGAUCAGAACACUGAGGACUAUUUGUUCCAAGUCAUCCUGGAGAAGACCAUUCGUAUUCCGCGAUCGCUGAGUGUGCGAGCAGCUUCUGUCCUCAAAGGUUUCCUCAACAAGAACCCCGCUGAUCGCUUGGGCUGCCAUCGGGAGUCCGCCUUCAUGGACAUUGUCAGCCAUCCGUUCUUCAAGAACAUGGAUUGGGAAUUGCUUGAGCGCAAACAGGUCACGCCACCAUUCAAGCCACGUUUAGACUCAGAUCGCGACCUGGCCAACUUCCCGCCCGAAUUCACCGGCGAGGCCGUACAGUUGACACCGGAUGAAGAUCACAUUAUUGAUAGCAUCGACCAGUCCGAGUUCGAGGGCUUUGAGUAUGUGAACCCCUUGCUGAUGUCCUUGGAGGAUUGCGUCUGACACCACGAAAUGUGCGACUUACAUCCGUACAAUAUGCGGCUCUAUGGCGAGGAUUCCAGUGAUUAUGAUUCCGUGGCUGAUGAUCUCAGUCUCCUGCAUUUGAAUAGCGCAGCAGUGGCUGGAGGAUCUGUCAAUAGCAAUAACAAUCUCAGCCAGCAGCAGCAUUAUCGUCAGCAACAGCAAUACCUUCCCCAAACAUCAUACUCCCAGCAACAGCAGCAACAGAUACAACA